CCACACAACUCAUUCAUGGAACCAUCAACAUCAGGAUGUGGAAGAAACAUUCUAACGACGGAGUUGCAACCAUCUGCAUCUGAACACGAAUUGGCGGAGAUACCAUCCACUACAACAAUCCACAGUGGUCCAGAUCGUCGAUUUAGCGCAUUUAAUGCCACGGACAAUGAUUUGAUCGACAAACGCAGUCAAGAUUUAGCUUCUGAUACUUAUGCUCGGCGCUUGGCAUUCUUUGAUUCAUCCAAACAUCAAUUAAAUUAUUCUAAAUAUGCUCCAGCAACCAGACGAAGUGAUAAUAUUCAGCAAUCGGAAGAGAUAAUGCCCUCUGCCGCCUCUAAUGGUUUUUAUCCAUCAUUCUUUCGAAACCCUCGGCAUUACCUGCAACCUACCUCAGAAGACAGAUUUAAGGCUAUUGCAGAGCAUGAAAAAAUAUCCGAACAGUCACUACUUGGAUCGGGUGAUUUUGGUGUUUUAAAAGGUGGAACUUUUUAUCAAAACAGCGAACAUCCGAUCAAAUCAUACAGUGAGUACUAUGGAAUAAAUUUGAAAAGUUAUAACGGACAUCAGCGACCAUUUACAUCAUCGUUGCUGCAGAAGAUUAAGUAUCCUACAGAUUCGUCAGAUCCAUUUUCAAACUUUAGGGAUUUUGCUGAUAUCAAUAUUUCAAAUGAUGGUGGUCAAUAUUCCGAACUACACAUAGCUCUAGCUAACAGCGCAAAAAGCAGAUUUACACUGCAUAAAAGUGGAACUGAUAUUUCAAGCAAAGAAAAAGAAAAAAUUGAUCCGAAAACAAACGAAAUCAAUAAGAAAUAUACAAAAUUCAACAAAGUAAAAUUAAAAUUUGAAAAAAGUUUUAAACAACUACAAAGGCAAUAUGAAUUGGAGCCCUGCAAUGCACAACAAAAACCACGUGUGAUUAGGAAACACAAUCCUGAUGAUGAUAGAAUGCUUGCCCUGAGUUAGAACAUGCGCUAAACAAAAAAAUUUAGCAAGAUUUCGGAGAUCUCUCAUGCAAAUUCAAAUAAUAAGAUGACGGUUCAAUCGAUUUUACAUUCAUUUAUUUCUAAAUUAAUCGGUUUCCAAAAUCAUUAACAUUUGUAUCUUCUUUCAAAAUAUAGUUUAUGUCAGAGCGCUAAGUUUAUUAUUUUUUUUACGUCUGAUGUUGAAGGUGAAAAGGUAUUGGAGCCACAAACGGUAGACUUCGAGCCACCACUUCGAAGUUUCAAAAGUACAAGAAUCGGAAAUAGAUAAUGCGUUCCCUAUGAAAACGCUGUUUUAUGUUUGCUUCACCGCAGCGAACAUUAAAUAGCGUUUCCACGAGCGACGCAUUAAAUGAUACCGAGUAUUUUGCUUCUGAAAACUCGAAGUGGUGGCUCGAAGUCGGCCAUUUGUGGAUUUAAUACCGUUUGCCCUUAAUAUGAAAAAUCUGUUGAAAACAGGACAUUUUAAAUUCGUCAUCUAGAAAUAUAAUAAGAUUUUAAUGUUUUUGUAUUCUACUUAUUGUAAGCUACUGUUUGUUUAUUCUUUUAUAACAAUUAAUCCGUUCUGAAACGUGUAACUUAUUGAUGCUAUAAAUAAUGAAUCGCACAGCAAUAUAUAAUAUAUAAUGAUGUUUUAUUUUGCUUUUUAAA